UACGUUCGUACCGCAUACUAAUAUGUCUAAAGAAAUACUUAUAUACAGUUUUUUAUUUGUUUGCUGCAGCAAUCUUUCGGUAGGAGAUGAAAACGCCACAAACAUCCACAACUCUACGCCACCCAAAGAUAUGUACGUCGUUCGAGCAACAAUAUAUCAAGUUGGAAUAUUAACGAACAGAACCAACGAUACAGCGGAUUCCACCGGUCAACAAGAAGCCAUAACGUGGUAUCACCACAACGGAUCCAAUAUUAACUUGCAUUCGAUCCCAACGCCGAUCCUCACCAACGUCACAGCUGAGAAUGUCGUAGGAACUUCACCAGUGACGAACAAUACCUUUCCAUGGACAUUGAAUAAUAUGCUACCACCAAAAUCUGCGUCUAUCAGAAAAGUUCGAGGUAUUGUUCCAGUUCCCGCUAAUAUCACCAAGGGUGCAGUGGUGAUACCAUCAGCAGCUGGCGUACAGUCUAUAGCGUUACCACCUUUACUUACUCUCAAUAACAAUUUAUCUCACAUACCAGUUCCUAUACCGAACGUAUCCGUUGUUAGUUACGCAAAAAUCAAUACUUUAGUCCGUCAGCCAGUGAACCCAACAAACUAACCAGCAACGUUACCAUAGCAUCCAUUGAAUUUACACCAGACUUCUAGACAAAACUGUAUAGUGUAGACUGUAGGCUGUAGGCGUUUGUAUCCUAUUUGGUUUCAGACAGAUGAUAAAAUUUAAUAAUUAUAAUUAAAGUUUAUUAGAGCUUUUUUUCGGCCGUUCCCAAUAUACUACUACUUCAAAUAGAGAUAAAUUACCACCUUCUACUGUCAGUUAUUAGCUGUCAAUAAUCUGAUGGUGUCCCAAUAUACCCGAUAAGUCAUUCUUAUCGCCUUAUAUUGGGACGCAUGAAUUGAAAUUUCCAUACAAACUUCUAUCGCUGGUAAGCUAUACGUCGUCCCAUUGACAGGCAGCGUGUACGGAUAAGGUGAGUUACCGUCGAUAAGUUUAUUGGGACAGAAAAGUCAACGAUAGUUACGAUUUUUAUCUCAAGUAAGAGAUAGUCUGAAUAUUGGGAACGGCCGUAAGAAGACCAGAAUAGCUUUAUGCAGACGUAUGUUUUGAAGAAAUUAUGCCAUACGUUGGGGACGCUGUAUGUACCUCUAACUCUUUAAAUUUAACACGCUGUCUGUCAAUAGGACGACGUAUAGCUUACCUUAGCGAUAUAAAGUUUGUAUGAAACUUGCAAUUCGCGCGUCCCAAUAUAAGGCGAUAAGAAUGACUUAUCGGGUAUAUUGGGACAGCUUCAAAUUAUUGACAGCUAUUACCGAAUGUAGCUCUCUCUGUGGAUAUUAUAUUGGGAACGGCCGUUAGCCCUUUAUAAUGUCGGCCCUCACCAAAUAAAGAGAUUCUGGCUUCACCUGAAAAUAAAAGCUUAUUCCAAUCUACAUCUGUAUGCGUUGCACAAUUUAAAAAAAACCUUAAUCUCGAUAAGGUGCCCACGGAUUAAUUUAGGACCCCUAGCUGGUAUUCGAUUGUGUAUAUCGACUUCUUUCCAUUCUGUUCCAUCCACCAAACCGAUAUAGGGUUGCAAGAUGGCAAUCGAAUACAAUAAUUGUAGUACGAUAUAUUUGGUAGGUCUGAGAAUCGGUUGCAUCAAAAUUUUAAUAAUAAUGAUUUUUUUAAAUAUGUUAUAUGCCAAUACGACGUUUGCUGGCUCAGUUAGUAAAGAUAUAAAAUCUCAACCCACGCAAUUAAAUUAAAUAAAAACUCAGGACUGACUAACUUAAGACAAGACGAUCAUGACGUUAAGCUGAUGAUAAUUGAUACACCCUGCCCAUUACAAUGCAGUGCCGCUCAGGAUUCUUGAAAAGUCCAAAUAUUCUGAUCGGCAUUACAAUUGCGCACGUCACCUUAAGACAUAAGAUUUUAAGUCUCGUUCGUCCAGUAAUUCCACUAGCUACGGCGCCUUUCAGACCGAAACAAUAACGUUUACAGAUUACUGCUUCACUGCAGAAAUAGGCACCGUUGUGGUACCCAUAAUCUAGCCGGCAUCCUGUGCAAAGUAGCCGCUGUAGUAUCCCGCUGGUAAAAAAAUAUUACCGAUUAAAGACUUUAGGCAUUUUAAUUGAUAGUAAGCUAUGCUUUGCAUACCAAACGGAUAAAAUCUCAGUUAUAAUAAAUUUUCGCCAUGGCAGCUCAUGAAAAUAGUAAAAGAAAAUAGUGGUUACAGCAUACAACUGCUAGCCAGUUAAUAAUUUAUGAUAAUACAGUGUUACCUGCAUGUACCCAAUGGUACCCGUUGUGUAAGUGUAAAUCAGUGGGAAACAUAAUAAUUUAUUUGGUUCGUGCGCCAUGUGCAAAUAAUUAAUAUCGAUUGGAAAACAUAUUUACAGCUGUUUAUUAGCUACCAACCAUACUAUUUUAUUUAAGUGAUUAAUUUGUGGACAACAAAAUAAAAUAUGUUUAAAACAAUACUAUAUAUACUAUGUCAUUCAUCAUUAUGCAUUCUGCUCAUGUACAUUAAA